CAGUGGUCACUCUAACGAAACGCGCAAUGUUUUCGCACAAGUUUAGUUGCGGGGAUUUCCAAACCCUGACCAAAAUGACUGAAACCGGCAUCACCUUCGAUCCUCCGGUGUACGAGCAGCGAUACUGUGCCACGAUCCAAAUCCUGGAGGACGCCCGCUGGACGGAUCAGAUUAGGAAGGUCGUGGAGUUCGGCUGUGCCGAGAUGCGCUUCUUCCAGCUUAUGCGUCGCAUCGAGACCAUAGAACACAUUGGACUGGUGGACAUUGACGAGCCCUUGCUCAUGAAAAACGUAUCCAGCGUUAACCCAUUAGUUUCCGAUUACAUACGGAGACGCGGGAGUCCUCUAAAUGUUCAAAUUCUUCACGGAAGUGUAGCAGAUUCUUCUGAAGAAUUAAGGGACACAGAUGCCGUAGUCGCACUAGAACUAAUCGAGCAUGUUUAUGACGAUGUUUUGGCUAAAAUUCCAGUUAAUAUUUUUGGUUUCAUGCAGCCAAAACUGGUAGUCUUUAGCACACCAAACUCGGACUUCAACGUUAUAUUUACGCGGUUCAAUCCCCUGUUGCCAAAUGGUUUUCGCCACGAGGAUCACAAGUUCGAGUGGACUCGGGAAGAGUUCAAGAACUGGUGUUUGGGUAUUGUGGAGAAGUACCCGAAUUACAUGUUUUCCUUAACGGGAGUGGGUAAUCCACCCAAGGAAUACGAAUCCGUGGGCCACGUCUCACAGAUAGCCAUAUUUGUUCGCAAGGAUUUGCUGGAGAUGCAGUUGGUUAACCCUUUGGUUAGCAAACCCAAUAUUGAUAAGGAAUCCACUCCCUACAAGUUAAUUCAUUCCGUGGAAUAUCCAUUCUAUGUGGACACGCGUACCGAGAAGGAAAAGAUUUGGACUGAAGUACAAAUGGAGCUUCAGCGUUUUAAACGGCAUUUUAACUCUUGUGAGAUUGAGGUGGAUACUUACCAGGACACUUGUAGUAUGCCUAUUGCUGUUUUAUUGGAUCGCCUAAAGCACGUUGGAGCUACUAAGGAACUUAUCGAGGAACUGAUACAGGAAAAUAACUUAAAAGUAGAGAACGAGUGUGUCUUAAUAGAUAAUUCGGAUCAGGAAUCGGAUUGGUCUGAUCCCUACGAGUUGUCAGAUAGUCAUUCCCAAGAGGCUGUGUUGGUCGACCAGGAGCGAGAGGAGGAAUGCUGGGAUCAAAGCCCAGAGUCGUAGCUUACGAUAUUUAAAACUACUAUAUGUUUUACCAAAUUUCUAACAAACCAUAGUUCGGUCACGGAAUAUAUACCAAUGUGUUCUGUGUGGAAACUCUGGUUUGUGCAUUACAAAUUUAAUUUCUCAAAGCGUUUCCACAAAAUUUACUUAGUUAUUAAUGAUAAGGAUUUCUUGACAAACCGAAGCUCGGUAUUUAAUAUAUUUAUAUGUUUCGAAUGAUAUUACCUAAGCUCAAAUUAAAUCGUUUGUGUAAGAAGCGUAAGAACU